CGAGGAGUGAGAGGCCGCGCCGCUGCUCGUGGGCCGCGAUGAUUGGCCUGACGACCAGCAUGGCAAUAUUUCGUACACAGGUGUCCGUGUCAAGGCACUGAGAGUGUAUGUAAAUACAAUUAAGUGAAACUCGUCACUGACGAGUGUACAGCGACGUCAAACAAACCCCUCAAAGAAACUUUAGUCCACACAGGUUGAGUUGUAAUUGGAUUGGGUAGACUGGUUUGAUGAGAGCAGACCAUCACUAAAGGCCUGUAUCUGAGGUGAGAUGAAAGAUGCCGCAGAUCGCGGCCACCACAGUGCUGCAGCUUGCGCUGCUCCUCUCUGCCCUUCCCGCCCAGUAUUUGAUCUCGCGCUGGAGCGGGUCGACGGUGGCGCAGCGCUUCCACGCAAUCACGCGGUUGCGUGGGAUCUGGAGAGAAUGGAAGGCAUCAUACCUCAACAGCACGGCGUGGAGCGAAUUGGUGCACGAGCACAUGUCUAAAGUCAGGUCUCUGAUUGGUUUAGGGGAGGGAGGCCAGGUCUCACCAGAAUUCGCUGAUCCUGAAUGGACGAUGUUGGACAAUGAUCACGGCUAUUUUGGAGCUUCUAGGGCCGUGCGUAGCCCCCGCCCACUCUUCGUCUUCCUGCGGGUGGGCGAGGUGGUGAGGGAGAGGAAGGCUAACAUGGUCGGCGUGGUGAUAGGCUGGGAUGCUGAGCUCCGGGCCCCUCCGGAGUGGCUCAACAAAGUGUACUCCGACCAUGAGGAGGCCAAAGCACUGCACACGCCCCACUACAAGGUUAUAUUCCAUGGCCCAGGAGCUAAGUCUGUCCUGAUUGCUUACCUCCCUCAAACACAGCUGGAGCGCAUCACUGAUGUGGAGCUGACGAUCCCCACAUUGGAGAAGUACUUCACCCACUUCAACGGCAAACAGUUUGUCAUGCAGAGCUGGCUCAGAGAGAUGUACCCCGACGACGAGGUCGAGGACGAAGAAGAGACAUGGCUCCAUUGAAGUGGAACGUGAAGGUGACCGACACCCGCGCCGACGCCCACGCCACAGUCCGACGGUGGGUGACAGAACGGGUGGCCUCCCCCUCUCUCUUGACCCCGUCCUCCCCCUCCUGUUCCUCAUCCCCGUCCUCUGGGCUCCUCCACUCGCGUGUCUCCUCCUCUCUGACCAGCAGGGGGGGCCCCAGAGUCUGCCCCAGCAGGUGGCUCAGGUCGCUGGCCUUGCGCUGGGCGUUUUCAACUGCCUCGAGACACACCCUGCAUCUACAGGACGCAGAGACACGCGGGAGGACUGUUACGGACAAGCAUGGGGUGGCUGGGAGUUGGAUAGGUGGGAUGGAGGGAUAAUUAUGGAGCCAGUUUCCUGCCAUAAUUCAAACCUGAAAAAAAAAGUUUCAAAGGCUUGUAAGUCUGGGUUUGAAAACUCAACACCUUGUACAAAAGGUUUUGCAACACUGAAAAAAGAGAUUAUAACCUGAAAAAAAUUCAAACAAAAAUUCAAACAUCUGUAAACAUGAUUUUGUGUUCUAUUUUAUCUUCUUCAUCAUUUUCACCAACACAUUUUCAAAGUUCAAACAAUUUCACCAGCGCAUUUGCAGAGUUUCAAAUCUGGCACUGUUCUAACAGUGUAUUUCAUUGUUUCCCGGUUUUGAAACCUUGUAAAUGGGAUUCUGCAAACAGGUGUUCAUACAUUGAGAAAUAAGUUUUGAAAGGUUGUAUAUUUAGUUUUACCUUUACAAAACUUGUAAAGGUGUACGUUUACGCCAUUGGAACGUAUUUUUUCAGAACUGACUUUUCAGCAUUGACUUUUCAGAGAUUUGACCACGCAGGCGCAAGCUUUGAGUCACGUGAAUAUUGACAGUGUUCUGUCGCGCAUAUGUUUUGAAACUCCUGACAGUCAAGUCUGAAGAAAUAAAAAACGUUCCUGGGGGCGGAACCAUUUAGCUUUAAACCUAUUGGUUGCUCUCGGCUGAUGUACAUUCCAAUCACACAACCGGGAAACAAUGAAAUACACUGUUAGAACAGUGCCAGAUUUGAAACUCUGCAAAUGCGCUGGUGAAAUUGUUUGAACUUUGAAAAUGUGUUGGUGAAAAUGAUGAAGAUAAAAUAGAACACAAAAUCAUGUUACAGAUGUUUGAAUUUUUGUUUGAAUUUUUUUCAGGUUAUAAUCUAUUUUUUCAGUGUUGCAAAACCUUUUUUUACAAGGUGUUGAGUUUUCAAACCCAGACUUACAAGCCUUUGAAACUUUUUUUUUCAGGUUUGAAUUAUGGCAGGAAACUGGCUCCAUAGAUAAUGGAUUGACAUUUUUUAAGUGGAAAUACCAAACAUUCACUGCUUGUAACUUCAUGGUUGCAAAUCAAAGACAGCAUUGAUGUAUUUGUGCGUGUGUUACAGGAAGGACUUGGAGAUAGUGAUCACUUAUGUGUAUACACGAAAAUCCACAGUUGCAUAAUCACAGAGACUACUUCUAAUGACUAGACGGACCAUUGAAAGAUGAUUUAGAAUGAGCAAAUAGUCAUAAUUCGUAACGAAGGAACAGCAACUGUUGGAUGUUUCAUUGAAUGUCAAAUUAUGAUAAAUACGACAAUAUACAGUGUUUCCCCCAGAAAAUGUCUUAUUCAAGGUGGUCAAGGGGGGGUCCCGUUUCAAUUCCAUUCAAAAAACCUUAUGGCACGACCAUUGUUGUAACAGUAUUACUGAUGCAUUAUUGAUCUUUAUUUUUUACACCUGAUGGAAGUAUGUUUUCUUUCCCUACGAGAGUUUUCUACUUUGUUAAUGCAUAAUAAUUAAAAAAUAUUUAUUAAAAAAAAAUAUAUAUUAUAUACAUUGGUAGUGAAGGCGGGGCCCUAUUGUUAACAACACAGUACUGGGGGAAACACAGAUAUAAAUAGUUGUUUAUUUUACAGAGUGGGGUUUCUAUGUAAUAAAAUGACAGACAAUGUCUAUAACUGA